UCAUCAUAUCAACCAACUAUAUGCAAACCUCACUGUAGUGCAAUAUCAGUGCCCAUGAACACCAUGUUACUUGGCCCAUCAUCAGAAUGUACAAGCGGCACUGCUGUUAGUGGUACUGUAUGUCCAUUUGGUUGCCCAGAUGGAUAUGCAUUGGUUGGGAUGCAUAUGCUUACUUGUUUAGAUGGGGGGAAAUGGGACAAUUCUGUACCAAUGUGCAAGAAAAUUUGCCCCACAGUUAAUAGUGAAGCUCUCACCAUAUCAGGAUGUGCCACUGAUGAUGGUUUAUACUUGGAAGGAUCUGUGUGCUCAUUAUCAUGUGCUACCGGCUACACACUAUCUGUACCAUCUAACACUAUGGCAUGCACUGACGCUGGUACAUGGCAAGUUGAUGGACCAGUGGAGUGUGUGAAAGCUUGUCCUUCUUUCCCAUCUACAUUAACAAGCACGCCAUCUGCAUGUUCCUCUGGUCCCUCCACCCCGGGCACCAUGUGUACAUUAUCGUGUGCCACUGGUUCACUGGUGGUUGGUAACGAAGUGGUAGCAUCGGUUGAUCGUAUAUGUGAUGAUGAUAGAAUGUGGCAAGGACCCUUUGCUUACUGCAUUAACUCAUGCCCACCUUUGACCACUGAAGAUGCUGCAACAAGUGGAUACUACGAACCCUCAUCAUGUUCUAGUGGUGCCCAACCUCCAGGCACAAGAUGCCAACUUAUGUGCCAGGGACAGAACAAAGUGACCGGCGGUGGCGCGUGGCGUAUGUGCGCGAAUAAUGGCACUUGGCUACCGGAUGUUACACACUCCAACCUCGGCUCGUGUGCCCCAACCUGCCAGCCACUACCCAAGCCACAAGGAGGCAGUGUAACCCCACAAACUUGUCUUGACGGCAAUGUAGAACUUGGUACUGAAUGUGUGAUAAGUUGCCCACCCCACAUGGAUAGAGUUGGCUCAGGUAUUCGUAAAUGCAUGGGUACCGAUGAGGUAGGUGCAGAUGAAGGGGGGUGGUCAGGUGAAACCGAUUCUAGAUGUGUGGCAAGAUGUCCACCACUAACACUCGACCCAAACAACUUUGUAUUUCCGCGAGAAUGCGAAUACAGUUCAAUGGUGGAAGGCCAGCACUGUGUGUUUGAAUGUCAUAAAGGACUAGCAUUGAUAGGAGCAAGUACACUGACAUGCACUGAGAAAGGAGAAUGGGAUAAUGUGAUGCCACAAUGUCAACAUGCUUGCCCUUCUUUGGAUGUCACAAAUGGUGAAAUAUUUUGUUCAACUGAGUCUGCUCAACCAAUAGCGGAACUCGGUUAUGUGCAUGAGGUCGGCACGAAAUGUUUGUUUGUUUGCGACCAAGGUUUCACGACCCUCACACCCAAUGAAAUAACCUGCCUGCCAACUGGUGUGUGGUCACCUAUACCAUACUGUAGAGUUGUGGAGGACGUGUUUUCAAUUUUACAAAAGAUAGAAGACAACACGAAGUGUCUUGUAUCCCAGAUGACCAAUAUGGCCUAUGUGUUGAACUAUGUUCAUUCUGCAGAGGAUUGUGAGGCAGCGGGUAACAAUGCAAUGUGGUUAUGGCAUGGAGAUUACAACAUACAACAUGCACAAACUGGAUUAUGUCUUGCUGCUCAGAUUGACAGAGUUGAAUCAAUCAUUGAAUUAAGUGAUUGUGAUGUCAAGAAUCAACUACAACACUGGGAUUGUGAUGUCAACAAACCAUUUAGGAUAUUACUGAAGAACACAAUUCUUGGUAUAGACUCAACUUAUGAUGGUUUGGGACCCAUUCUGACAAAAUGGACCCAUGCUAAUUCAUACUGGGUCACAUUUAACAGUGAGCUUGAAACUACAGCUUCAAUAUGCUCAUUCAAAGCAAGUGGUACAUGCCCUGGUAUAACAAUCCCUGGUAUUACGGCCACACCAGCUGUAUGUAUGAGCAGUAGUGUUCAGAUCUGGCAGAAAUGUGCAAUGACAUGCGCAGGUGGAACUUAUAUGACAGGUGUUGGUUCAACAGAGUGUUUACCCACUGGUGUGUGGAAGAAUAUAGAGAGUGUACGAUGUGCGAAGAAAUGCCCACCCCUUGUUGCUACUGGAGGGAAACAAUUCACUCCUGCCAGGUGUACAGAACAAAAUAUGGACGAAUUAUCCACAUGUAAAAUGACUUGUUUAGCCGGUAACAAACUUUCAAACGGUGAGAAUGAGGUUUCUAUGGUGUGUGAGGAUGGCGCUUGGACGGGUGGCAAUGUCAACUGCAUGGCAGAUUGUGCUACAACCCCACCUGCCCCACUGCAUGGAUCUGUGGCUUGCAAUCAAGGGACAUGCACAGUAUCAUGCAACCCGGGGUACGCACUAUCAGGUAGUAACACUAUAACAUGCGUGGAUGGAUCAUUCAGUGCAGCUGUUGGUACAUGCACAGCUGAACUUCAGUUCAAGAUCAAAUCAUCGACCACUGACCAGUGUGUGGCGGUUGUAGGAGGUGGGGAUGUUCCAAUGACAACUAAAGUUACUUGUGAUAAGAACAACAAGAACCAAUAUUGGAAAUGGAGCAAUGGAAUGUUACAACAUAUUAACACAGGCAUGUGUUUAAAUGCUUCAUCAACUGGGGAUUGGGUUUCUGCUACAGCAGCCACUUGUAAUAUGGAUGAUUCCCAACUAUUCAAGUGUGGUUCCAAUCCUUAUAAUAUUGUGCUUACUGGUGCAGCUACUUAUAGACUUGAUCUUGGUAAUGCAUUGGGGGAUUCACCCAUCGUCUCAACCAAUGGUCCUCAAACAUCAAGCAACAACUGGGUAGGAGUUGAUCAGAAUGAUCAAACUGGGACGUUGUGUUCGUUUAAAACAUCUGCCACUUGCUCUGGUUUGGUUGUUGGGCCAGCUGCUUCUGUGACAUCACAAUGCGCAUUGGAUUCAAUAGUCGGGUCACAAUGUCCAGUCACAUGCAAUGCAGGAUAUACACUUGUACCUGCUGCUAAUACACUAACAUGUCUGGCUAGUGGGGUCUGGGAUAAUGCUGUACCUUCUUGUGUGGCUAAUCUUCCAUCCGAAGGUACCUGUAACCCAUUUGUUCUGACUGUUGGGUUAGAGGUCACGCCCUCACAAUGUUCCACUGGUGUUACGUUAAACAGGGGUACACUAUGUAUGUUCUCAUGCUUACCUGGGUAUUAUAUGACACAAGGCACUCCAUCAGCUUACUGCACUGGAGUUACCAAUUUAUGGACAGGCACAGUGCCCCAGUGUAAACCAUUCUGCCUUGGUCUUCCCCUUGCCCCUACCUCCUACUUUACCCCAGCCACUUGUGGUGCAUUGCAAGUGACCAGUGGCACAACUUGCACGUCUACAUGUGCACAAGGAAGUGUCACAAGUGCAGGAAUCACCACAAAUGCACGAACAUGCGCAGACGAUGGAACAUGGUCAGGAAUGGAUGAACCUUGCAUGGUUGGUUGCAGUUUACAAGGCGCUACAACUGAUGCUAGUUUGGUUACAAGUGGUAGUAAGAUGGCUAUCUCAUCAUUGUCUUGUGUAUCUGAUGUAAAAGCUCCUGGUACAAGUUGUACAUUAACCUGCCCAGCUGACUAUGUAUUGGUGGAUGGGGAAGCUACAAUGAAGUGCAUGGAUGGGGGGAACUGGGAUGGACCUAUGCCAAGGUGUAUACCGCAAUUUAAAUGCCCACAAGUUACAAGCAUGGGAGCUGAACCUGUUGAAUACGAACCCAUGAUGGGAACUGCAGUAGUAGCUGGUACAACUGCUACAUUAACUUGUUUACCAGGAUACACAAUAUCUGGUGACAGCACAAGGAUAUGUAUGAGCAAUGGAACAUGGGGUGGAAAUGGUGGUGCUACUUCUGUAUGUAAACAACUAUGUGAACCAAUUCUACCAAAGUUUUUAUCUGUCUUCUCCCCUUCAAGCUGUACUGAUCAAUACUCGGAACAUGGUGACACAUGCACCAUGACUUGUGGGGAUAACGUUGCACUCAGUAAUGGUGACUGGUCCAUUUCAAUAACUUGCCAGAAUGGUGUGUGGUCUGGUCCAUUACCUUCAUGUGUGGCUGAUCCACUUACCCCAUUAAACGUUUACGAAACCAGCUCUGACUUCAUGAUGAUAAACAUUGCAUCAGCUAUUGGUUGUUUCACCAUUGGCAGCGACAAUGCAUUGAAAUGGAUGCCACGAAGUGAUUGUAAACCAGAGGAUGAUGCUAAUAGAUGGAGAAUGACGGGUAACUCAAUCAAGAAUAAAAAGAACAACCUUUGUCUGCAGCCAAUAAACAUUGUUGGAUCACAAGCUGUGCUUGGUGUUGGCACUUGUCGACAAGAUGAUGUUCAACAACUAUUCAUGUGUGGAAACCCUGACAGCUCUAAUCAAAGAUUCUCGUUAUUUUCCGCUUCCACCACCCCAUGGAGAAUGUUCCUCCAAAACAACCCAACAACUUAUCUACCAUCAUACGUAGCUAUGGAAACCGUGCCUGCUAAUCAGAUGAAUCUAAAUCGAGAACUGUUUGAAACUUUAUCAGUAACAGCUAACGCUAACAUGGGGAACCCACAGCAUAGUGAUAAACCUGUAUGUUCAUAUUCAUGUGGUGGAUUAAUAACUGAUGAAACAUCAUCUGGUUAUAUUGUAUCACCUGGAUACCUUGGUAAUGGAUCCUACCUCCCUAACACUGAGUGUGUGUGGAUAUUAGCAAGUAAUAAAAAGAUCACGCUUACAUUACUUGAACUUGACCUUGAGUCUAACAUGGGAGAUGAUGCAGAUUAUGUCAAGGUAUACGAAGGUAGUAGUGACAAUGUUGUUUAUUCGGAACAUCUUCGUACGUAUCAUGGUCGAGAUAUUUCUAUGUAUGAUACCAACAAUGGUGGUCAUGUUACAAGUUCUAUCAAUAUGAAUAUGUUGGUAAAGUUUCGAUCUAAUGGGAUGGAGGAAAAUGGAGGCUUUGUGAUGUCAUAUAAGUUUGAAAACCCAAUUGUGCCAUCACAAUGCGGUAUGUCAGCUUAUGUAUGGCCAACUAUUGACCCAAUAACGGAACUUGAAACAUCAGCAAUGGCUCACACUGCUACGGAUGGGAAAUGGCCAUGGGUGGUUUCUAUAAGGGAGACUGCUGAGCGUAGUGGACAUGCCUACCCACGCUGUACUGGUGUAUUGGUUGAUGCUACCACCAUUCUAUCUGCUGCUCAUUGUGCUAAGUUUGCAUUGGUUGCUCUAGCACGUGAUGGGGGCGUGAGCAUUGGCGUGAAUCGAGUAUCACAGUUUCAUAUGAAUGAUGAUCUCACUAAUGGUAAUGGAGUGUAUGUAGACAGGUUAUUCAUCCACCCCAAUUACGACGAUACAACUCGUACACAUAACAUAGCUGUGUGGAAACUUACAACAUCUAUAAUGCAUACUGAUACACAGCCAGCAUGCUUGCCGAUAUACGGGCAUAAUGUUCAUAACACUGAUAGUGAGUGUUUUGCUGUUGGCUGGACACGAAUUGAUAAAGGCACAUCAUCUCAAAACAUGCUGGAUUACAAAAUGAAGAUGGAAACAUCAGCUUGGUGUGAACAAGAUCUUGGGUUGGAGAAAGAUUCCGGUUUUGUUUGCGCUAAUCAUGUAAGACUGGAUGCUUCUGGAUAUGGAGGAACGGAUGAUUCUGAACCUCUCUUGUGUAAAAGUCAAGACCAUUGGUAUGUGGUGGGCGUGGCCAGCCACACCCAGAUAGGUUCAAGGUCCACACGUCGGUUAUACACCAGCGUCCAUUCACACGGACAAUGGCUGCAACAAGCGCUGUCUAUGACGUCACAAACGUCGUACAAAUCGUUGGGUCUAGAUAGAUUGGGGUCAGAAGAUUUGGACACGUCUGAAAUCGACCAAAUAGCAAAGGAAAAGUGGUUGAAUAAAUAUUAAAGUCAGUUCUACACCUAUAAACACACGACUCACGUCUAAGUUGCUUCAAAAUGAAGCUGCACACGUUUUGAACACAUAUGGUUUCAGACACUUUGCAUGACAGUUGCUCCAAGAUGCAAAAUUCGUACUUUUGUUACACACUCGGAUUUUUGUUUUUAAGUUAAUAUCGCUGUUCAAUGCGUAUCGCAACUAUAGUUUAAUUUGAGUUAAUUUAUUUGUGUUUUAAAAGGGCUUUAACUGUUAGAUUUCACGCACGUUAAUAGCCAAUUUCCGAAGCUGUCGCAGUGUGUGGAUAAGCAGGCAGAUUCGGUAAUUCAUAUCCUCGUGGGUGGGACUUGAGUUACUUAUCCAUGGUUGCCACUCCCAUGCCCACAGUCAAGUUGCUGAACCUAUUGCAGUGUGUUGAUUUACCUAUAUUGCAGUGCGUAGUUUAGCAUUAGCGUGCCCAUGUUAGCAUAAACGUAUAAGGAACGAGUAGAAAUAAGGACCAAAACAGCUAGCUGGUUCAGUUUAUGACCUUUGUAAUCAAAGAGUAGGCUAGUAUAGGUAAAUAAAGAAAGACAAGUUUUACCGCAAAAAGGUAAGUGUUGUGUAACUUCUACGUUUAAGAGUAUUUUUAGUCUUCUGUCUACAUUAUUUAGCAGAAUGCCAUAAAUUUGUCUAUUGCUAUUAAGUGUUAUAUUAGUAUUAUCAUAGAUACUCAAGUCUAAUACGUAUUAGAGUAUUUAUGGUAUUAGAUUGGAAGACUUCAGGCAAGGUACGUAACACUUUAGCUGUGUAGAGUAGACCUAUACAUAAUUUAGUAGCCGGGUACAACAAUAGCGCAAUGCUACAAAGUCUCCUAUUAUUUUAAGUUUAUUUACUAAAUAGUAUUUUAUAUCAACAAAAUUAAAGUAAGGAUAUUGUUGGCUCUCUUAUUCAACGCAUUUCUUGCUUUACAAAACGAGCUUCAAAAUUGGCGGUUUGAGGACUUUCUAAACUAAUAACCCUCGGGCGAUAUUUCACGUUGAAAAUACGACGAUUCAAACAACGUGUCGUUCAGUUGCACAUGUUGACUGCAUAUGGUUGGAUUAUGUGGAAGCUUAACCUGUUGGUUACGUUGCUGGUGCUACUGCUGGUACAACGUGGAACGGCAGAAGAUGAAAAACCAAAGAUAAGUCUAAAUAUGGACCCUGUUGACGUUAAAACAUGGGGACUACCAUUAGAUAGCAAAUAUCCAGACGUAGUUCAAAUAAAUGAAGCAAAUUUCAAACCAAAAGUUUUGGAAAGUAGAGAUGCUUGGAUUGUCGUGGUAUUUAAGGACAAGUUACACGGGAAAUGGUGGCACCACGCAGGCCACGUAAAGGGGGCGGUAUGGUACGGGUCAGUUGAUAUUGAAAAACAAGAAAAUUUCGCGAAACUUUUGGCGCCUGAAUCUACUGCAGAAAAUAUCGGUAACGGUGUAGCGGUUAUUUUCCCUUUUGGUGUAACCCCUAAGGAGAAAAUCAAGUUCACCGGCAAAAAGAAGAAACGACCUUUGAUUGUGAAAUCGCCAACUAAAGCAGAGGAAAUUAUUUCAAGUUCGAUUCCAAACCAAAUUGAACGAAUGAAUUUUAAACCAAGCCGAAUGAAGAAGUUUCAGGAUUGGGUUGUUGAUUCAUAUUAUAAGUCAAGUCCACCCAGAUUCCCAGUACUUUGUAUUACUGAUGAACCGGAACCUACUAUCCCGGUUUCAAUGUUGGUCCUCUCGAAUUACUUUUCUCGUUUCUUCUCUUUCGCUCUCGUAAGAAAAGAGGAUGUCAGCAGAAUGAGGUUACAGUUCAAGGAAGUCCCUGAACCAAAAGUCUACCCUCACUAUUUGAUGUUAAUGGGUAAAGAGCCAUCUAAGGAAGAAAUGGACCGAGGAUCUUUCGGGAUGCAUUUCAAUAUCUUUCCUUUCCUCGCUGAUAAAUACGGAAGAUCUGAGUUAUUCACAUCUGUGGUGAAGUUUCUAUUCACUGCUAAUGAAGAUUACAGAAAUGAGUUACCAGGACGAAGAAGUGACGAAGCGAUCAGUGAAGCUAGAAUGUCGUUGGUUCGAGACUCACUGCGUAACAGAGUCGAACUAGUUAACAAACAUUUUAGAAAACAAAAGAAUGUUGAAUUGUGACGUCACACAAACUUAUGUGACGUCACAUACCCUUAUAGAAAAUUCGAUGUAAAUAAUAUUGCGGGGUGGUUGGUAAAUACUGUGCCAUUUACUACACGUAUUUUUAACAGUUAUUAACGAACCUUUGGAGGAUGCGGUUUUAUAAUUUAGUAAAUAUUCUUUGUAUACUACCUAAUGGUAAGAUAAAAGAGAAUGAAAACAUAAACCAUCUUACCCCAACCUACUAUAAAUAUUUUAGACUCUAUUACCGUUAAGUUAAAUGGUUAAAUUUUGCGAAAAUACUCAAAAUACUAAUUAGUUAAACAACGCCUAAUUAAACAACGUACCAUCGUUAAGUUACUAACAUAUAACAAAAACACAGCCUAACUAAACCAGUGGUUUUGAACUUUUACGCUCAGGGAACGCUUGAAUUUUUCAGAUCAUUUUGCAACACACCAACAGUUUAAACUUUAAUUGUACAAUACUACAUAUCAAAUGACGAACCUGUGUUUUUACUUAUGUUAAAUAGUUUAAUUUUUUUUUAUAAAACAGUGUUAAUUAGUAAACGUAUUCGUAAAAGUAAAAUUUGAGAAUCCCUAAUUUAAUACCACAGUUUUAAACCCAAAACAAAAACAAUAAAGAACAUUUCAUCAUCCAAUUAUUGCAGGGUUCUAGUUUUAGUGACGUCAUAAUAGAAUAAUAAUGCUUGUCUCGAAUAUCAACUAAAACUCGAAUUCUAAACCACGAAAUUUUGUUUUCCCCUAAACGGCGAUUUCCAAUUACCGUCUGUGACGUCAUAGUCGAAUCGAGGUCACCGAGAUUUGCCGAUUCCAAUUAUCAGAACAAUAACAAUUGUCUAUGGUGUUCCUAACAAUUGGAAACACGUUUAUACUUUAUCCAAAUAUGGCGAAGCGAUCGCGCUUCAAAGCGGUCGCUUCUGUGACGUCACAGAAGCUGUUUGAACAUCGCGACGAACAUAAACAUUGAAAUCUUAUAAACAAACAUGUAGCAUUGGUGCGAACUGUGACGUAACAAACAAAAAGUUUCGCGAAAUCUUAUAAAUAAAACUCGCUGUUGUGAUUUCUUCACAUCGAGUUUGGAAUCUCAUGUCACAAUGAUAUCUAUAUGACGUAACAAUUGGAUGGGAUAUUUCAAAACAAUGGAUUUAUGAUGUCACAAUCUAUCUAAGAUCAAGCGUAACAAUGAAAAGAAACAACGUCCUGAGCAAUUAAAAAUACGUCAUCAGAAAAUUAAAUACGUCAUCAGAAAAUUAAAAAUGCCAUCAGGAAUUCCACGACACAACAUUACAAAAGUCUUCCGCCAUUUCUAAAACUCCAAAACUGGAAAGCAUUUUUGAAAGAAAUAUCAAACUAGUUAACCAAAAGCCAUGUAGAAGAAACCUGUACAUUAUUGUAUAUUUGUUAAUAUUUUUAUGCUGUAAAUAGUCGCUUGCUUAUCUUUGUAUCUUGUAUACGCUGGCCCCCAUUACAGUUUCACUCUGUUGUAUAUAUUGUAUAAUUGCUUUGAUAUCAAAAUACAAAACUUUCAUGUAA